CGUGCUUUCGGCAUUCAAAAGGCAUCCUGUGUCGUCUUACUUUCCUCUUAUGGAACAUGCGGGGAAGGAGGCAAGAUUCCCAAGGGAAAAUACAUAUGUUCAAAUUACAAGGGAAACAGAGCAUUUUCAUUAUGCAAAGAGCCCCUCGUUCUAAAUUGACCUGAUUCCGAGUCAGCAUUUCCGCUGGAUGCCGUGACAUGAGUUCACAGAGUAAAUGUGCUCAUCAACAUGUUGACUCCUGGCACCGAAAUACAGCGCUGUCUCUCUGUGUCCAGUGUCAGGCGUAGCUCAGAGACUUCCCAGACAGGCCUCAACAAGCAGUGAGCAACCAGCAAGGUUCCAGAUGUGACAAAGAUACCUGCUAGCUACUGGUGAAGGCAGAAUCAUGGAAUUUGGAGACAUCUUGAAGGUGAUCGGGGAAUUUGGGUGGUUCCAGAAAUGGCUGGUAUUCCUGCUUUGCAUUCCAAAUUUCCUCACUCCUUUUCACAUGUUUGGCCAAGUGUUCAUCAUUAUGGACGUGCCACACUAUUGCAACACAAGCUGGAUCCGCAAGCUGAACUGGAACCUGACCGAAGGGCAGGAGUUGAACUUGACAAUUCCUAGGAGGCCAGAUGGAUCUCUCGAGGAAUGCCGUAUGUUUACUCCCGUGCAAGAGGAUCUUCCAUCGAUACAAUUCAAUUCCACAGAAAAAUGCCAAGAUGGUUGGAUCUAUCCUGCAGACGUUCAGCCAACAUUGCUAACGGAGUUUAACUUGGUCUGUGAUCGAGCGCACUUAAAUGACAUCUCUCAAUCUAUUUACAUGACGGGCCUUCUUGCUGGAGCUCUGGUAUUCGGGCCACUGAGUGACAGGAUCGGGAGUCGAAACAUGAUCUUGCUCACCCUUCUCUUGAUGGGCUCCUUUGGAAUCGGGGCAGGCUUUGCACCCAAUUUGUACGUCUACAUCGCCUUGAGGUUCAUUGUGGGCUCUGCUUUUUCUGGAAUCAGCAUAAGCAUGGCAGCUUUAAGUUCCGAGUGGGUCGGGGCUUCCUACCGCCCCCUUGCAAUGAUUAUUACUCACUGCGCAAACGCCAUGGGGCAGAUGGCCUUGGCUGGCUUGGCAUAUGGCAUUCGGGACUGGAGGCUCUAUCAGAUUGUUGGCUCAGCUCCUGCAUUAUGUCUCUUUUUUUACAUAUGGGUCCUUCCCGGUUCUGCUCGAUGGCUUGUGACGAGAGGGAAAAUAGAAGAAGCAAAGAAGGUGAUUCGAAGGGCAGCACAGAUCAACAAGCGGAGCAUCCCGGAAGAGUCACUCAAUCAGCUGGCUCCUGAAAAGAAGGCCAAAUCUGGAAAUAUCUUGGAUCUUUUUAGGAAGCCACACCUAAGGAAACUGAUUUUAAUUAUGGCCUGGGUCUGGUUUGUGGACAGUCUGGUGUACUAUGGAGUGAGCCUUCACGUUGGGGAUUUCGGCCUGGACAUCUACAUGACCCAGCUUGUGUUUGGAGCUGUUGAAAUACCAGCACGGGCCUCCUGUAUCUUCCUGCUCCAGUGGAUGGGGAGAAAGAAAUGCCAAGCUGCUUGGCUUCUGCUGGCAGGAGUCAUUUGCCUGAUCAUUCCGGCUAUCCCCAAAACUCUCCCCAUCGUCGUAACCGUGCUGGCUGUUAUCGGCAAGGCUGCUCUUGCGGCCUCCUUUUCGACCACCUAUGUGUUCUCCGCAGAAGUAUUUCCCACGGUUGUCAGGCAGACCAGCUUAGGUUUGUGCUCCAUGUCUUCCCGAAUCGGUGGUAUCCUUGCGCCACUGGCUGGUAUUUUGGAUGAGAUCCACCCUGCGAUUUCAAUGGUGCUAUUUGGAAGCACGGCAUUGGUUGGGGGGAUCCUCUGCUUCUUUCUUCCUGAGACGCGGAACAGAGAUCUUCAGGAUGACACAACCAAGGCGUCAUCAAGUCAGCUAUCCGACAAGGCAGUCCACAGUAGUGUUAAAAAUGGAUCUGUGGAUGAGAAAGACGGACACCGGAUUACAGAGACCACCAUGAGUACAUUUUUGUAGUGGCGAGAACAAAUCUCUUGGCUUUGAAAGGAAAGACAGAACG